CGCAAUACAAUUUACCACGACUCAUUUUUUACAUUAAUAUUAAAUGAAAUAUUAAAAUAGAAUAUGAGUUUAAAACAGUUGAUAUUUAUAAUUCCAAUCAUUUUAAUGGUAAAACAUUUUCAAUGUUAUGCUAAAGAACAACAAAUUACAUCGGCCGGUGAUACCAGAAGUAAUCAAACAAUUUCGGAUGGAAUCUUUAAUUGUUCCUACGACAAUACAAUUAACAUUACCAAGAACGCUGUUUUAGCAAAUGGUUCCUAUAUUUACGAUAAUCAAACAGUUAUACCAACCCAACUGGUGGGUAAUUAUGAUUAUGAGAUUUUAUAUAAUGGCAACCGACGUAAGGUGCCACAACAUAAACGUGCCUGUAUCUGCCAACUAAAACCAUGCAUCUCCUUGUGUUCCAAUACCAUCUCGGAAACCUAUCAAUAUGUUAUAAAUAAUGCUAUGUAUGAAGCCUUGGAUAUAUUUUCUAUUGACGUAACUCUAGCCAAUAAUAGUGUUGUAAGGAAAAAUAUUGCCAAAGAUUUUGCACCCAUUAUAUUGGAAGAAUAUUGUAAAUUGUCUUACGUGCUGUCACCAGAAACGGAUGAACAUUUCGGCUGGACUUUGUUUGAGAAUGGUACUUUAUUGCGUCACAGCGAUCAGGUUCAAUUUGAAAGGACUGAAUAUUGUUUUGAUUUACACAUGCUAACUAUUGAUAGUUUUACGUAUAGUUUAAUAAAUCCCACGAUAUGUGCUACAUAUAAAAGUAGAUUGAGUUCUUUAGAGAAAUACAAUUAUUGGGCCCAAGUGCUUUCGAUAAUGUUAUUACUUUUAACAAUUAUUGGAUAUUUCUGCCAACCGGUGUUCCUACAUUUGCAGGGUAAACUUUUAAUAACAUAUGCCAGCACUUUGUCGUUGUCCUUUGCUAUUUUUAGUUUCAUAAAUCUUUCGCAAAUAACCUUUCAGCCUGUGCUCUGUUUAGUAAUGGGCUAUUUAAAUCAUUAUUUCCAAUUGUCGCACCACACUUGGUUGGCUAUUAUUUGCUAUGAUAUCUGGCGAAUAUUAACACAAAUUGAUAUACAUAAAUCAUCAUCAUAUCGUAAAUAUGCGAUGUAUGGUUAUUCUUUGCCAUUUUUGUGGACACUUCUGACAUAUUGUGCGCAAAAUCUAUACAUAAGCGAGGCCCUAAAACCGGGUAUAAGUCAAGACAGAUGUGGUUUGGAUGUUUAUAAAUGGUCUGCUGUUAUUUACCUAUAUGGACCCUGUUUAAUUACAUUGCUGUUUUGUUUAAUAUGCAUUAUUUUAACCUCAAGAAAAAUUGGAAUUAAUCAUCACAUCUUAUAUUUGCAUUUACUUCUAAUGAUGGUCGUAUUUUGGUUUUUCGAAAUUCUAUCAUUUGUAUUACAUAUGUUCAAUAUGAAGACUGCAUCCGGUAUAAUUGAUUAUAUUAAUUCACUGCAGGGAGUAUAUUUAUUUAUUACAUACAUUACACAACGAAGAGUAGGGAAUAUAAUUCCAAAAAUAUCUCGCAUAUGAUUAAAUAUGCAAACUUGUGGUUAAAAGCAAUGCUGCCAAGACUGAGGAGAGUUUAAAAACUUACUUUUGUACACAAAUAUUGAAUUUUAUAAAGUAAUGAUAAUAAAAAACAA